AAAUGAAAAACAGGCAAAAGUCCCAAAAUCUCAGAGCAGCCACUUCAGUCACGAUAAUUUAUAACAAUUUAAAAUAAAAUAAAUGAAAAAAAAGGCCUAAGUACUCGACAGCACUUCCACGAAGUCUUUAGCUUUCUGUUUCAGAUCUCGCUCUUCGAAUUCAAAUCUAGAUUUUUGACGGAUCAGAAUUUCAAGGAAAUUGUAGUUUUGAAAUCUCAAGAUCAAUGAUGAAGGCGAGGCAUUCGCGAAUCCCGCCGCGGAAAUCGUCGUCGUCGUCGAUGUUGAUUUUGACGGUUUUGGUUAUGUUUACGUUCAUGAUUUUGAUUCUUCUUGCUCUCGGGAUCUUCUCGAUGCCGAGCCAUCCCGGCGAUUUGCCGAAAGCAAACGAUCUCAAUACGAUCCAACAUAAGAUGAAAAUGGCGGAAAAUGAUGGCAAGGGGGAGCAGUGGGUUGAGGUGAUCUCGUGGGAACCUCGAGCUUUUGUUUAUCAUAAUUUCCUGACCGAAGAGGAGUGUAAUUACCUAAUCGAACGAGCCAAGCCCCAUAUGCAAAAGUCAACUGUUGUUGAUAGUGAAACUGGCAAGAGUAGAGAUAGCAGGGUAAGAACGAGCUCUGGAACAUUUUUGGCCAGAGGACAAGACAAAAUUAUUAGAGACAUUGAAAAAAGAAUUUCAGAUUUCACCUUCAUACCUAUUGAGCAUGGGGAAGGACUGCAAGUUCUCCAUUAUGAACCUGGACAGAAAUAUGAGCCUCACUAUGACUACUUCAUGGAUGAGUUCAACACUAAGAAUGGCGGGCAACGCAUGGCCACUGUGCUAAUGUACCUCUCAGACGUUGAAGAAGGAGGUGAGACAGUGUUUCCUGCUGCUAAAGGGAACAUUAGUGCUGUGCCUUGGUGGGAUGAAUUAUCUGAAUGUGGAAAGAAAGGUCUUUCUGUUAAACCAAAGAUGGGGGAUGCAUUGCUUUUCUGGAGCAUGAGGCCUGAUGCCUCUCUAGAUUCUUCUAGUUUACAUGGAGGUUGUCCCGUGAUUAAAGGAAACAAGUGGUCAUCAACAAAAUGGAUACGCGUCAACGAGUAUAAGAUUUAAACUACAGACUUAACAAUUCGUGUUUGAGUUCUUGCGUUGUAGCAGUGCUUUUGUAAAGCCUCAGCAAAAACUCCCUGGGUUGGUGCUGUAAGUUUUAAUGUUCUGCUGUACCCUGCUGCUAAACUUGCUCUUUCUUUUUUCUGUUUUCUUUUUAAGGGAGCAUUCGCAUGUUACUACAACAUAGAAUAAAAUUUUUUUGGAAUUUUUACGAGCAUUCCAGGUUGAAAAAAUUUAGGAUAUUUGGUUUCCUAUAAGUGAUGUAAAACCAAGAGCUUAUAUUUGUUUAAUAUUAGUUCUUAAAUUGCUUA